AGAAAGUUAAGUGAACUUUGUACAUGGAGAAAUCGAAGCUGUGCAUUCAGUUGGCAGUUCCCCCUCUCUCAGCAACCAAUCCACUUCACCUGCAAAGAAGUAUAACCUGCUGGCUGGGUACUAUAGACUCCUGCACUUCCUAGUGAGCUCCAGAUUAAUAAGGGCCUGCAGUUAUCUACCAUGCGACUCCCAGAGCCGGCAGGGGCCUUCCUGCUCUCCCUCACCGCCCUGCCUGUCUCAUAUGUGGUGAAUUCCCUCUCUGUCGUAUCCGAUCCUAUCUCUAUUGCUGGCAUCGGUGCAUUUGUCCUCCUUGCUUUGCUGGUUCUAUUAUUUUUCUUUCUCCAAGGAAGUCCUCCUAAUGAUCCUUUAUUCUAUGUUUUUGCUGUUUUCUCCUUCACAAGCGUCAUUGACCUGAUAAUAUGGCUGGAAGAAGAUGGCUAUAUCAGUGGGUUUAUGGAGUUUUAUAUGAAAGAGGGGGAGCCAUAUCUCCGUACUGCACAUGGACUCCUCAUCUGUUUGUGGGAUGGCACUGUGCAUUACCUACUCUACCUUUUUAUGUUGGCAGCCAUUGCUAGAGGGAAAAAUUACAAAGCAGCGGGUCUUUUCUGGCUGGGAUCUUUGUGCAUGAGUAUGCUGAUUUUCCUCCCUGGAAAUGUGAUUGGGAAGUAUGGGACUGAAAUAAGACCUGCCUUUCUGCUGAAUGUCCCCUAUGUGGCGCUGCCUGUCUGGGCUGGGAUACGGAUAUUCCGUGGACACCAUUCUCUUCCCAAGAUGUCACCUGAAAAGAUUGAGGUGGUGCACAGCCAGGGAAUACUUCAGCGGCCCUUGGAUAUUGCUCUGAUUGUGUAUCUGCUGGGAGCUAUCAUAUUUACUCUCUUCAGGGGCUUGCUGGUCCUGGAUUGCCCGUCUGACUCCUGCUUUACAUACAUCUACCAGUAUGAGCCAUACUUGAAGGAUCCAGUAGCAUAUCCUAAGGUUCAGAUGCUGGUCUGUAUGUUCUACAUGCUUCCAUUUCUUUGUAUGUCUGUUUAUGCUUUGUUGAAUCCUGGAUGCUCAUGGAUGUUGGACUGGACUUUGAUAUAUGCUGGGGCAAUUGCACAAGCCCAGUUUGCUCAUAUGGGAUCUUCUCUCUAUCACCGAACCCCCUACACAUAUAGAGUCCCUCGUGAUGCUUGGUGGGUGUUUGUGAUAUCCAAUAGCCUGUACACUCUUGGGCUUCAGUUCCUUGCCUACCGUUGUCUGAAAAACCCAGCCUUCUUCCUCCAGAAAUCACAUCACUCUGCUGAGGAUGGCAAGAAACAGAAUUAGGGUUAAAAGAAAGGACAUUGAAGGGCUGUGAUGCUUAGAGGAGCUUAUAGGGACAAGCAUGAAGGUACCUGAGAAAGACGCUAACUGCCUGUCAUGCUGCUUGUGUUUUGGGAAGUACAUCUGGCACCUUUUGAAAUGGAAACAAAGUAUUGCAGGAGUAUUAAAGACAUCUGUGAUUGUGCUGAAGCCUGAAAAAGAUAUGUUUGUAAAAGGGAAAAUAUACCCAUAAAAUCAACUUUUACUUAACCAGCAUGAAGAAAGAGCUGCACUCCUUGCUUUGUUAUAAAGCAAACCAUUCAUUGUUGAAGCCUUAUAUGAGGGAAAAGAUUUCUUUUAUAAAUUGUUAUUAUUAGUACUCAUUUUUCCAUAUACAGAGACCAAUGGCACAUGAUGCUGUCUAAUGACAGUCCAACAGUUUGACCUUCAGCCAGUGUCUUACCAUUGUUGUUAUCGUGCUGCAGCACUCAGGUAAUCACUCAUUUGAAUAACUAUAACUUGAAAACACAAUAACUGCUCAUGUGAGCCACAAAAAUUGUGCUCUUUGUUUUUGUCUGUCAUCAGUUAUUCCACUUUUGGAUCAUUGUGAUCCCUGAGGAUUACCCUGUACACCACUUUGGGCUUUUGGCCUUUGCGGUGAAUUAACAACAAUGGAAUAAUAAUAAUAUACUUCUUGUAUUUAUUUAAACAAAAAGUAACAAAGACUUAAGCAUUUAGGUCCAAACAAAUCUUGUUUUAAUAAAGCAUUAGUUGCCCUGGAAAUGCCAUAAAAAGUCUACCUUGGCACGCUCUUUUAUUUCAAAACUGUAAAUUUGUUGUUUUACCAUCUGAAAGUAAUUUUUAUGCUCUUAAUAAAAUGCCAAGUUUUUGUGAAUUGCUUUCUAUGUUUUUGCCAAACAAAAGAAUAAUCAGAAUAACUAUGGACAGACCUAUGUACUCAAUAUUCAAUAAAAAAAAACUUUAACCCCA